AAACAUUGCCCUCAGAGAACAUAUACCAACAACUUCACGAUACAACCCUCAUGUCUAAUUUCUGCGUUUCAGAGAUCGAACAGUUUCAUAACAGAGAAGAGUGGUGUUCCGAUUUGAGUUUCAUUCCUAAGAUUCGGAAUGAGUGAACCGUCUCAGAAACCUCCUCCGAAGCCAACGGUAUCAUCGUCUGCCCCUGGCGAUGGUAUCCGCUCGAUGCGAUCCACGAACGUUUUCCGGGCCAUCAACUUCGAACUCUACGCCAAACCGAAUGCUAUAGUAAUGGGAAUCGGACUGGUGGCGAUUGGCAUAACUUUCGGAUACAUUGCGUACAUGCGUUCCAAAUACGAAGGACUUGGAUACUAUUCGGCAAUUCAGGAAGACGGCAAAGAGGUGUUUGUCAAAAGAAAGUCCAAAUGGGAGUAGACUGACGGAAGGAUCUGCUAGUUCCAGUUUGAUAUCCUGCGGUGAACUUCCUAAACAUGAACUGUGCAAUUCUCCGCAAACAAUUUAAAAUGUUUGGAGUUUUGCUUCUACCAAACGAACUACAAACUCGUUGGAAAUAUUAAUCUGUGUAUAUAAUUUUUAUUAUAUUUAUAAUACGAAUAAAAUGAAAAAAUCAACAAAACUA